UCCGCUGGGGGACCGGGAAGUAGCUGAAGACUGGGCGAUGGCAGUUCUGGAGGCCUGGCUCCCCGAGGCCACCGUGCCCCCGCGGUAGAGCGGUCCUGAGUGCAAGAUCCGGGGUCUUGAGGUGAAGAGCGUUGUGGGGGGCUGAACUUGGACCUUAGAAGGAACAACUUGGGAACCCUGACGCCCCUAUUGCAGCCCCUUCGCUGAUCGUGGCGUCCAGACUGCCUUUGCCAGGGCUGCCCCGGAAGCAGGUUCGCCUGGUAUCCAACCACUCUCAGAGUGAACAACUCCGGCCAGGAUUUUUUCCCUUCACCACCACCACCAUGGCAGGUGAUAGCCGCGUGCCGGAGAUUCAGGGGCGCGAUUCUUCCUAACAUCGCCUUCUCUCCACUGCCGCAGGGAUGGAAGGGUCUAAAACGUCUAGCAGCACCAUGCAGGUGAGCUUCGUAUGCCAACGCUGCAGCCAGCCCUUGAAACUGGACACGAGCUUCAAGAUCCUGGACCGUGUCACAAUCCAGGAGCUCACAGCUCCUGUACUUGCCACAGCCCAGGUGAAACCAGGAGAAACCCAGGAGGAAGAGGCUAACUCAGGAGAGGAGCCAUUUAUUGAAACUCGCCAGGAUGGCGUCUCUCGCAGAUUCAUCCCCCCAGCCAGGAUGAUGUCUACAGAAAGUGCUAACAGCUUCACUCUGAUCGGGGAGGCAUCUGAUGGUGGCACCAUGGAGAACCUCAGCCGAAGACUGAAGGUCACUGGGGACCUUUUUGACAUCAUGUCGGGCCAGACAGAUGUGGAUCACCCACUGUGUGAAGAAUGCACAGAUACUCUUUUAGAUCAGCUGGACACUCAACUCAAUGUCACGGAAAAUGAGUGUCAGAACUACAAACGCUGUUUGGAGAUCCUGGAGCAAAUGAAUGAAGAUGAUAGUGAACAGCUACAGAGGGAGCUGAAGGAACUGGCAUUAGAGGAAGAGAGGCUGAUCCAGGAGCUGGAAGAUGUGGAAAAGAACCGCAAGGUAGUGGCAGAAAAUCUGGAAAAGGUCCAGGCUGAGGCCGAGAGACUGGAUCAGGAGGAAGCUCAGUAUCAGAGGGAAUACAGUGAAUUUAAAAGACAACAGUUGGAGCUGGAUGAUGAGCUGAAGAGUGUAGAAAACCAGAUGCGGUAUGCCCAGAUGCAGCUGGACAAGCUGAAGAAAACCAACGUCUUUAAUGCAACCUUCCACAUCUGGCACAGUGGACAAUUUGGCACAAUCAAUAACUUCAGACUAGGUCGCUUACCCAGUGUUCCUGUGGAAUGGAAUGAGAUUAAUGCUGCUUGGGGCCAGACAGUGUUGUUGCUCCAUGCCCUGGCCAAUAAGAUGGGCCUGAAAUUUCAGAGGUAUCGACUUGUUCCUUAUGGAAAUCAUUCAUAUCUGGAGUCUCUGACAGACAAAUCUAAGGAGCUGCCAUUAUACUGUUCUGGGGGACUGCGGUUUUUCUGGGACAACAAAUUUGACCAUGCAAUGGUGGCCUUCCUGGACUGUGUACAGCAGUUCAAAGAAGAGGUAGAAAAAGGUGAAACACGAUUUUGUCUUCCCUACAGGAUGGAUGUGGAAAAGGGCAAGAUUGAAGACACAGGAGGCAGCGGUGGCUCCUAUUCUAUCAAAACCCAAUUUAACUCUGAGGAACAGUGGACAAAAGCUCUCAAGUUCAUGCUAACAAAUCUUAAGUGGGGUCUUGCUUGGGUAUCCUCACAAUUUUAUAACAAAUGAUUUUCUUGUUUUUCUUAGGUGAUGUUUGCCUUAAAGGCUUUAAAUUUUGUUUGAAAAAAUGCUUUAAAUUUGGGUAAUAUUAAACAGCACAUGUUUACAAUACCAAAAGAGACAAAAUCCACAAAAGCCACUUUAUUUUAAAAUAUAGUAUGACAGAUAGUUUCCAGAGCUAAACAUGCCAUGUACAGCCUCCUCCCUUGUCAUAGUUUUGACUCAACCUCAUGCCUUUCCCUCUUUCCCCUAAAAACUACUAAUUUAAGUUUGCUUUUUUUUUUAAUCUGUGUUGAAUUGAGAUAGAUAUGUUUUCACUGGAUUUUAUCUCUCUUUACCUGCCUACACUUAAAAUACGAAAUUUUUGUCUCCACUGAGACAAUUAAAUGUUUGAGGUGCACAGUUGGGUAACAUGGGAAAAUGACAUCUAUGUUCUGACCACCAUUCCAUGUGGUCUGAAGUUGUAAUUUAACACUUCCCCUCCAUUCUAGUACUGAAUGCUUACUCUGCUAUGUGUUAGAGCUAUGAAACGGUGUUUGAUACUGUCUGGGACAUGGAAAGAUUUAAUUAUUUGUAAUAAAAGAUUUGCUACAGUCUGAUAAUUACUGUGAGGUGUAAUGUUGGCUUUCUUUUUAACUAAAUUAGAGUACUUUGUGUUCUGGGAGAACUGAGUUCAAGUACAGU